AUGAAAAGUUCUCUAGGUCACUGCACUAGAAAAAACUCACCUCACAAUAUUGAUUUGCAAUCAAGAAAUGUUGAAUAUGAAAGUCCUCGUUCGAUCAAAGAACGUGUUGGAACUCCACGCAGUACCGCAGAAGGCAAUUCACUAAAAGGUUUUGAGGGUUACAUUUUAAAGAAGUUGAGUACUCAAUUUCCGCAUUACAGAGAGAGAACAAAGAUUGAAGAACGAGGAAAAAGUGAGAAAACUGCCUUUGCUGUCAAGAAAAAUUGGGAAAAUGCUGAAGAGGAUAAUGAAUUUUUUGAACCUGAAGAAUAUGAUUUGUUUGAGGAGUUGUCAUCAAAUAAGACGUUAUCGAUUGAAGAUAUUAGACUAUUAGUGAAGGCUCAAAAGCAACGUGAAUUUGGCGAAAAUCUACAAAUUGUGCCCGAACAACAUUUACCACAAUGGGUUGAUUUAAAUGCUAAUGAUGUUCUCCAGCACCAUAACGCGUCCUCUGAAAAGAAAAAAGAGACAAACGUACAUUAUAAUAAUUUUAUAGUCCGAGAAGAAUUAUGCUUAUCAAAGUCAAAACCAGAUAGCAUAUCACGCGAUCAGUCAUUCCCUAAAAAUGAUGAUUUAAGAUUUUCCCGAGAAAAAGAUAAUCCUAAUAAUGAACAUGUUAAAAAUGUAAAACCAAAAAAAAAAAAACGUGAUCCUAGCGACAUUCACUCGUACAUGAAAUAUAAAUCUAGGCAUAGAGCUAAAAAACGUCGAAGGCUUGAGUUUGAAAAGAUUGAAGGACAGGUAAUUAAAGAAGAAACACACCCACGACUGGGGCAAUUAGAAGAAUUUCGAAGAGAUCAAAGAAGACGACUUAUGGCUGAAAUAGUUUGUCAAUCCAGAGAUUCUGCAUUGAACGUUCGGGAUUCAGAUGACGAAUAUACAAAAUAUUGGGAGAACAUGAAACCCGAAAAUAUUAGCUGGAAGUCCUUUUUAUCAAUGUCAAAAGAAGUUGAUAAACCACAAUUCACUAGUUGGGCUUUAGGUAAUGGAAAAGCCGAAAAACUGAAUGAGCGUAUUGUAGACGCUUUAACACCAGAAAAAUCAUUUACUGAGAUUUCUAGUGAAAGGUUGCUUCCUUUAUCGACCAUCUCUGAUGCGAAGACGUCGAGCAAUGAUGAUAAUGAUAAUCCAGAUCCUUCUCUUCAUUACAGUACGCAUCUUACCGGAAAUACCCUUUCAAAUGAGAGUCAGUCACUUGAUUCAAUAAUUGAUCCCAUUUCUCAGGACAAGUUUACCGACGGAAUUCCACUUACUGAAAUUCUACAAUUAGACCCACGUAUUCCAUCCCCAACCUCAUUGGAUCAACAUGAAUUAGUGCAUAUAGACCAACCACUAAUCCAAAUGAAUUCCAUAUUGAAGGUUCGAAAUUGGCUAAAGGGUUCUCGUGGGUUUGUCAAUCCACAUGCGCUACUGAAUGAAGAUGAUAACGUGGAAAUUUCAUCGCAGUCGAUUAAUUCAACUGAAGGAUACAUUAGUUCUGAGGAGCUUUCAUCGGAUCUUGAGGCAUCAACAAUACACAAUUCAAAAACUUUGUUAUCUAUUUUGAAAAAGAUUCGAAAAGCAAAAAGAAUAAUAAAUACACGAGAUAAGGUGUCGAUGGAACGCUAUAAAAAAACUUUGGACGUGACUCAAAAGAUUGUGGACGAUCUUAUAGAAAGGCAAAAGGAAAUAAUGGAGCGAGAUAAAAAGAUAAAAAAUAAUAAACAAAUAUUUAAUGAACUUUUGGAUACAAUUACCGGGAGAAAUGCGCGAGAAACCAUAGAUACACUCGGUCAAUCGCUAGAUUCCCUUUCGUUAAGCGAUUCUGAAGCUGCUUAUGAAUCUCUUGAUGACCUGUUAAAGAAGCUUAAAAAAGCCAAUGAAGGUUUGAAUAGGGUCGAAGGUCAAUUAACACAAAAAGAAAAACGGUUGCAAACAGCAUUAGAAGUUGCACAGGAUUUAGUGGACAAAAGAUUGAACUUGUUGAAUUGGGAACGUAGAUUAAAAAAACAAGAGAAGGAUGUGAAUGAUAUGGUAGAUCGUAUAAAUAGGAAUAAAUCCGAUGCUAACCCAGUAAUCUGUGAUGAGGUAAUAGUGUCUAUUGAUGAUGAUGAUGAACAGGAAUUCCGAGACCGAGAGCUAAGUUGGAAUCCUUCACAAUCGUUGGCACGUACUUUUACUGAAUUGGAUUGGGAAAAGUUAAUAAUUCGUGCAGAAAGUGAAUGUUCAAUUUCAUCAAAAAAUUCUGUUCUCCCGAAAGAAUAA